AUCGAACCUUUUUACGGAGUCGAAGGACUGCUCUGGUAGAACAGACCAUAAACAAGCUGAACUUGUCCAACGGACUGGUAGGCCACAGUUCUUCUGUCAGUGAAUAUGUCUUUUCUGGUCAUACCUUCGGUCGAUAAUAUGAGUGCGGACCAACAACUUCCUGUGACAAAGAUUCUCAUCUGCUUCUCCGUUGUCCUUAGCUUUGGCAGCAUUAUCAUCGGUUUCUUCCUCAUAAGCCAGCAUACUGCCCUGAAGCAAACUGAUCGUUACGUUGUGGUCUCUUUCCUGCCGCGGCACUGGCGGAUGAAUCUAGGGUUUGAAAGGCUGGCGAUUAUAUCCAGCGUCCCUCAAGCGCUUCUGAUAUGGGGGAUGACUUCUUUCUUGGUCUCGUUCUUAUCCAUGUGCUUUGAGGCUCCAAACCCACGCUCGCUCAAAGCUUUCGUGAUCCUCGCGUACGUUUUGAUCACGGUGCUUGGUUUGUGGUGCCUUUCAUUGUUCUGGGAGGACAGCGACCAAUGGAUAAAACGAUUCUUAGUGUUCCAGAGAGAUCUCCUUUCGUACACAAAGAAUGCCUUACGUUUCACAUUGUCUCGUGAGAAUCUAUGCAGACUCAGGAACAAGAUCUGGAGGACGAGAAGCGGCAUUUUGCCUACGACCGCCAACGGAGAAUAGUGGAUCGAAAAACCUCGGAAUCGCUGUUCGGUAUCACAUAUUUGUAACUACUGUUGUACGGGUUUGGAUAUAGAUUACCACCUGUACAUGGCAGUUUCAUUUUCUAUACGCUAUAGAUCGGCUAACUAACGCACAAGAAGAAUAUAUAAAUACGAGCUUUGUUAUCAUACGG